AGGACAUCCUUCCAAACUCCUUUACAGAUUUCUUUCUGUGCACGGCGUCCUCCUGUUUUCUAAUUGGCACUGUUUUAGUUUAAAUACAUGGAAAUCUUUUCUGUUUCUAGAGCUAAAGAUCUGAUGACAUGAGUGCUUAUCAGAAUGCCGGCCAACCAAAAGCUGUCCUACUGUACUGGGAUCUUCUUGCUGGUGUUGAAGCUGGCCCACGCCCAGUAUGAGCACCUUGGAUACCCGCUGGGGUACCCGCAUGCUGAAGUGGAACAGUACAGCCCCCCAGUCCUGGCUCCAGAUACCCCCAGGAUCCAGCUGAGACUAGCUGGACAGAAGAGGAAGCACAACGAGGGUCGAGUUGAGGUUUACUACAACGGUACGUGGGGUACCGUCUGCGAUGACGACUUCAGCAUCCACGCCGCUCAGGUGGUGUGCAAAGAACUGGGCUACCAGGAAGCCGUCUCAUGGGUGCCUUCUUCAAAAUAUGGGAAAGGAGAAGGACCCAUCUGGUUCGACAACCUUCGAUGCACGGGGAAAGAGAAGACGUUGUCUCUGUGUCCGUCCAACGGGAUCGGCGUCUCAGACUGCAAACACACUGAAGAUGUAGGCGUGGUUUGCAGCGACAAGAGGAUCCCUGGAUUUAAAUUUGUCAACGUGCUGCCCAAUCAUGUGGAGAACCUUGACAUUCACGUUGAGGAUGUUCGCAUACGGGCCAUCCUGUCGUCAUACCGUCGGCGGAUCCCAGUGACGGAGGGCUACGUGGAGGUGAAGGAUGGCGGCAAAUGGAAGCAGAUCUGUAACACAGAGUGGAACCAGUUUAACAGCAGAGUCAUCUGUGGCAUGUUUGGUUUCCCAGGCGAAAGGAACUUCAACGCCAGAGUCUACAAGAUGUUCGCUCGCAGGAAGAAGCCAACCUACUGGGAUUUCUCUGUGAACUGCACUGGCAGUGAGGCCCACCUGUCCAGCUGUAAACUGGGUCAGCUAAUAUCCAGAAAGCACAAUGAGACGUGUGCUGGAGGGUUGCCUGUGGUGGUGAGCUGUGUUCCUGGUAGAGCCUUCGCCCCUACGUCCAUGACAGGAUACAGGAAGGCUUUCAGACAAGAGCAGCCUUUGGUCCGCCUCCGUGGCGGUGCCAUGGUUGGUGAGGGCCGGGUGGAGGUGCUGAAGAACGGAGAGUGGGGCACCAUAUGUGACGAUAACUGGAAUCUGCUGUCUGCCACUGUGGUGUGCCGGGAGCUGGGCUUUGGUUCAGCAAAGGAAGCGCUGUCUGGAGGACAACUGGGCCAGGGGAUGGGGCCCGUGCAUAUGAAUGAGGUGAAGUGCUCAGGCUUUGAGAAGUCCGUCACCGAGUGUCCCUUCAACCAGGAGGCUCUCGGCUGCAGCCAUGAGGAAGACGCCGCCGUCAGAUGUAACGUCCCGGCCAUGGGCUUCGAGCAGAGGGUGCGGCUCAGAGGCGGCCGUAACUCCUUUGAAGGCCGAGUGGAGGUGCUGGUGGACAGGAACGGCUCCCUGGUGUGGGGGACGGUAUGCAGUGAGGGCUGGGGAACCAUGGAGGCCAUGGUGGUCUGCAGACAGCUGGGCCUGGGCUUCGCCAGGAGAGCCUUCCAGGAGACGUGGCACUGGCCAGGAGAGGUCGGCGCUGAUAGGGUGGUGCUCAGUGGCGUCCGUUGCUCUGGAACUGAGAUGUCUCUGUCCCACUGUCUGCAUCACGGAGCCCAGCUCAGCUGCCCCAGAGGAGGGGGGGGCAAAACCGCCGGAGUCUCCUGCUCUGAAACCGCUCCUGACCUGGUGCUGAACCCUCAGGUGGUGGAGCAGACCACCUACAUGGAGGACCGGCUCAUGGUCUUGCUGCAGUGCGCCUAUGAGGAGAACUGCCUGGCCUCCAACUCCGCCCAGACGCCGGCCAACUCGUACCGACGCCUGCUGCGCUUCUCCUCUCAGAUUCACAACAACGGCCAGUCCGACUUCCAGCCCAACGCUCCAAAACACCUGUGGGUGUGGCAUGACUGUCACAGGCAUUAUCACAGCAUGGAUGUGUUUACCACCUAUGACCUGCUGAGCCUGAAUGGAACCAGAGUGGCAGAAGGACACAAAGCAAGUUUCUGCCUGGAGGAUUCAGAGUGUGAUGAAGGUAUUGAAAAGCAGUAUGAAUGUGCUAACUUUGGAGAGCAGGGCAUCACUGUGGGCUGCUGGGAUACCUACAGACACGACAUCGACUGUCAGUGGGUCGACAUCACUGACGUCAAACCCGGAGAUUACAUCUUCCAGAUUGUUAUAAACCCCAAUAACGAGGUGCCAGAAUCCGACUACACCAACAACAUCACCAAGUGCCGCUGUCGGUACGACGGUCAUCGCGUCUGGAUGUACGGCUGCCAUAAUGACGGCUCACUGAGCUCUGAAACAGAGACGACGUUCCCAGGCCUCAUAAAUAACCAGGUGACCCACAGGUAAAAAUAAAGGAGUGGAGUCCAGAAGCAAUCCCCUCCAAAGCGAAGAGUCCUACCGACCCCUAUCCUUUCCAUCUGUGCUGGAUUGGUCUUCCUGUCCCCUGAAUGGAUCCUCUAAUCAGUAUCUUCCUUCCUAUCCUCUUGAUUACCUCGUUAGUUCCAGCUGAUGCAGCAGGAACUUUCUGAACUCUUCCAAACUCCCUGUGAUGCUCAAAGGAAGGCCGAUCUGCAUGCAGGUCUGUGACUGCAGGACGUUUACAUUAAUUGGGACCUCCAGCUAUUUGAAGGAACUCCGGUAAAAAUUAGAGGUGUAGCACUUUAAGCCCAACCUGUAGAGCCGUUUUGGUUUGUUUAUCCUGCAGAAGAAAAAAACAGAACCAGGUUUCAGAGAAGAAGAAGUGAUGUCACUACCCGAUCCGU